GUAGUAGACAUGCGCAUUGCGUAGAAACAGAAAGGACGGAAUUCAAAGUUUCUGACGGUUCAACAAAAAAUGUUUGGAUUUCACAAAUCCAAGAUUUAUCGCAGCCAUGAAGGAUGCUGCAUAUGCAAGACCAAGUCUUCCAGUUCCCGGUUUACAGACAGCAGCAGAUACGAGGAAACUUUCCACCUCUGCUUUGGUUUAUCUGAGGACAGAGUUGGAGAUAUCUGCAAUGCCUGUGUACUGCUUGUAAAGCGAUGGAAAAAGCUACCACAUGGAUCAAAGAAAAACUGGAGUCAUGUGGUGGAUGCAAGAGCAGGACCAGGAUUUAAGUUGACAAAACCCAAAAAAAUCAAAAACAUUGAUGGGAAGAGAAAAAGCAAGCUAAAGAAGCUGCAUAAAUUCAAACGGCAAAAUUCUGAUGCUCACAGCACUACAUCGAGUAUGUCUCCCUCUCAGUCUCCUAGUCACAGUAACCAGUCAGAUGACUGCUCAGAUGUUGAGACUAAGCAGAGGCGUCCAUCCCCACCUGGCUACUCAUUUCUUGACCUCUCCUAUUGGAAAAGGCAGAAAGUGUGCUGUGGGAUUAUCUACAAAGGACGUUUCGGUGAGGUUAUUAUUGAUCCUAGGCUGUUCAAGCCCUGCUGCAGUACCAAAAAGGCACCAGUGUUGACUGCCUCCACAUCAGAUUCUCCAAACACAAGCUCACUGCCCUCACCACUUACACAGGACUUAAAGGAGACUUGGUGAUAUGUUGCAUCUCUUGAGCGUCUCCUCAAGGCUCAUUCGCUUUGUCUCCAGUGGCAGACUCGUAUCAUUCCCAGUUCACUGUAUGAAUGCUGUUUUCAUUACUUUUUUCAUUUUGUACAGAUAUCCUUCUGUGAAUGUUUAUUAUCAUUUUUUUUAGAAAACAGAAAAAGAAAGAAAAAUGUGGGCAUUAGUAAACACUCAUAGAAUCAUAAUUUAGUUAACGGUUAAAAUGUUACCCAGUUUUUGUUUUAUUUUUAUAUAUAUUUUUGACAAUGUAAAAUAUGAAAUUGUGUUUUUGUAGUACUUGUAAAUAAUGUCAGUGCACCAAAAGCCUCCUAGUUUCUUUUGUGUAUAUUGAGUUGUUAUAAAAUGAAAUCUGGCGUUUUGUUUCAAACAUUGCUCGUUGUGUUAAUUAAAUGGUAUGAAUUUUAAAAUCAGUAAUACUGUACUACCAAUCACUGACUGUCCGGUUGUAUUGGUAGAGUAAUAUGAUUUAGAAUAAAGGAUGGCAAGAUUUGAUGUUCACAGCUGGGUAAAUAGUCAGCGUAUGAACGCAGCAAAACUUUUUUUUUUUUGCAUUAAAAACAAGUGAUUGUUUUUUUUUCUU